CCCCCAUCCCGACCCUCUCUUCAUCCCUCUCCCAUCCUGAUCCUCUCUCCAUCCCGACCCUCUCCCCAUCCCAAUCCUCUCUCCAUCCCAUCCCUCUCCCCAUCCCUUUCCAUCCCUCCCUGUCUCCCCGCCCGUCUCCCCUGCUCUCCGGGCUGGCAGUGGUACAUCCCUCCCUCCCUGCCUCCCUCCCUCCCUGCCCGCAUUGCCCGCUGCUCGGGGACGCUGCUGGCAGCGCUGCGGGGGCUGCGGCGGCCGCGUCCGGCCCCACACCCGCGGGACAAGGGCUGGAAGCGCCCCCAGGUCCAUCCCCAUCCCGAUCCGAGCCCGGGGCAGGCAGCAGCCAUGACCCAGGGGAAGCUCUCCGUGAACAGCAAACCCCCCAGCUCUGAGGGGCAGGGGGACAAGAAGGACAAUGCCACAGCCCCCCCGGCGCCCCCGUCCUACGAGGAGGCCACGGCGGGAGAAGGGAUCAAAGCCGGGGCUUUCCCUGCCCCGCCCGCUGCCCCGCUCCACCCCAGCUGGGCAUACGUGGAUCCCAGCAGCAGCCCCAGCUAUGGCAGCGGAGGGUACCCGGGGGACACGGAGCUGCUCACCACCUUCAGCUGGGAUGACCGCAACGUGCGCAGGGUGUUCAUCAGGAAGGUGUAUGCCAUCCUGAUGGUCCAGCUCCUGGUCACCGUGGUCAUCGUGGCUUUCUUCACCUUCUGUGAACCUGUCAAGGGCUACAUCCAGACCCACUCUGCCUGGUACUGGGCUUCCUACGCCGUUUUCUUCGUCACCUACCUGAUCCUCGCCUGCUGCUCUGGGCCCAGGAGAUACUUCCCAUGGAACCUGAUCCUGCUCAGCAUCUUUACCCUGUCCAUGGCCUAUCUCACUGCCAUGCUCUCCAGCUACUACAACACCAAGUCGGUGCUGCUGUGCCUGGGGAUCACGGCCCUGGUCUGUCUGUCUGUCACCAUCUUCAGCUUCCAGAGCAAGUUCGACUUCACCUCGUACCAGGGCGUUCUCUUCGUGCUGCUCAUGGUGCUGUUCCUGGGGGGGCUGGUCCUGGCUGUCAUCCUGCCCUACCAAUACGUCCCGUGGCUCCACGCGAUCUACGCUCUGCUCGGGGCUGGGAUCUUCACCAUGUUCCUGGCCCUGGACACGCAGAUGCUGAUGGGGAACCGCCGCUACUCGCUGAGCCCCGAGGAAUACAUCUUUGGAGCCCUCAACAUCUACCUGGACAUCAUCUACAUCUUCUCCUUCUUCCUGCAGUUCUUUGGCUCCAGCCAGGAGUGAGGGUAGCGGGGCAGGAUGCUCCCCGUGCUGGCAGAUGUGAGGGGUUAGAUGGAAAAGCAGAGGUGAAAGGGUUCAAACCCGCCAGCCUGACCCAAUCCCUCCCUUUCUGGUCCAUCUGAGGGGCCCCAGGCCCCUCCUGCAGCUUUGUACAUUUGCUGCCAGGCCUUUGUGACCCAGAGAGCAAAGCAGGGCUUCAGUGUCGUGUCCCUUCUGCUCCCCCCAGUCCCGCCCAGCCCAGUCCAGAGGCUGGGGCAGAGACUGGGACCUUCCCAGCCCCAGGGGCUGCUGGAGGUGCCCUCUGAGUGCUGCCCAUCACGGGGUGAGAGCUGUGACCAAACAGCAGAGAGGGCAGCAGAGACGGGAGUUUGGUGAGAUCCUGGCAGGAAAAGCCUUGGGGAAUCCCGGCAUUGCCCUGUUCCCCACAAUCCAUUGGAGCUCGGUGGCCUCUGUGCUAUUCCUGGUGACUCCUGCUGUUGGAAAGGUGGAGUGUGGGAUCACGUAGCUGGAUUUCAGUGCUCCAGGCACAGGGAACCUGUUUGUUCAGGACGUGCAGCUCUCUGAGGUCAUCCCUGGUGCCACUGCAGGGAAAAUUCCCCUGGAUCCCUUGCAUCUGACUGAGUGCCCUUCCCUUCCCUUCCCUUCCCUUCCCUUCCCUUCCCUUCCCUUCCCUUCCCUUCCCUUCCCUUCCCUUCCCUUCCCUUCCCUUCCCUUCCCUUCCUUCCCUUCCCUUCCCUUCCCUUCCCUUCCCUUCCCUUCCCUUCCCUUCCCUUCCCUUCCCUUCCCUUCCCUUCCCUUCCCUUCCCUUCCCUUCCCUUCCCUUCCCUUCCCUUCCCUUCCCUUCCCUUCCCUUCCCUUCCCUUCCCUUCCCUUCCCUUCCCUUCCCUUCCCUUCCCUUCCCUUCCCUGAUCCAUGGCUCCCCCCCAGGGGACUGUGCUGGUUCUUUUUGGACUGUGGCUCCUCACAGGGGGAUUUGGGAUCCCAGGGAAGGAACAUUUCAGGAGAGGGCAGAGAAGAGCUGGAGGAGGCUGAGUUUCCAUGCUGGGAAAUGCCAUUCCAUGUGUGACCAACCCUGAGGCUGUGACACCCUCACAGAGCCGUCCUGCUUGCUCCAAAUUUGGGUUCCUAAGGGGUUCUUUGUAGGAGCUGAGGCCAUUGGAGCAGCAAUGUCCCUCUCCCUGGCUGUUCUCCAUUUCUCCUCUCCCAAAGGGGAAUGUCAGCGCGGGCUCUGGAUGUGCUCAGGUAAAUUUCCACAGUCCCGCUCACAUUCCCUGUCCGGGGCUCAGCUGGCUGAUCUGGGGCUGUAAAGCUCCCCAGGGAGAUAAGGGCCCUUUUGCUCUCAUUCCAAGAGUGAUCCGUGCUGCAGAUAGGAGCUGGUAUCUCCCAUCUCGCUGGGAAUGCCGCGAGUGCUGCGUCAGGAGCUGCCUCCAGCAAUUCCUGCUGCACAGGGGCUCUGCCAGAGCGCUGGAACGUUCCUGCUCCUUCUGCCCUGGCUUUUACCCCACACGUGCUGUCCUCCUGCCCCACGUGCCCAGGGAAAGUUACUGGGCAGGGAAUGGAAACGCUCUGGCCCCUCUGCGCUGCAGUGAUGGGCAGAAGUGAUGCCUUCCCCUUGUCUUCCUUCCUUCUAAAACAACCCCCCCCAAAAAAACCCCAACCAGAACAAAAAUCCCCAGUCAGACACAAAAAAACCCAAUUAGACAAAAAAAAAACCCCAGACAGACAUAAGAAACUCCAACCAGACCAAAAAAUCUCAACCAGAUCAAAAAACCCCCAACCUGACCAAAAAAACCCAGUCAGACCAAAAAAUUCUCAUCCAGAUCAAAAAAGCCCCAGUCAGACACAAAAAACCCCAACCAGACAAGAAAACCCCAGUCAGACCAAAAGACUCCAACCAGACCAAAAAAUCUCAUCCAGAUAAAAAAAAAAGCAACCCAACCAGACCAAAAAAUCUCAGCCAGAUCAAAGAAACCCCAACCAGACCAAAAAACCCAGUCAGACACAAAAAACCCCCACAGACCAAAAGCCCCACAACCAAACCAGAAAAUCUCUGACCGGGCAAAAAAAUCCCCAACCAGACCAAAAAAUCUCAACCAGAUCAACAAGCCCCCAACUAGACCAAAAAAUCUCAUCCAGAUAAAAAAGACACAACCAGACAAAAAACCCCAGUCAGACAUAAAAACCCCCAACCAGACAAAAGCCCCAGAACCAGGCCAAAAAAUUCUCAUCCACAUCAAAAACCCCAGUCAGACACAAAAAAAACCCAACCAGACACAAACCCCCCAACCAGAUACAAAAAGUUUCAUCCAGAUUAAAAAAAAAAACCAACCAGACCAAAAAAAUCUCAAUCAGAUCAAAACCAACAGACAAAAACCCGUCAGACCAUAACCAACCAACAAAAAACCUCAUCCAGAUAAAAAAAAAAAAAAACAAAAUAAGAAAACCAACCAGACAAAAAAGACCCAGUCAGACUCAAAAAACACCAGAUCAAAAUCUCAACCAGACCAAAAAAAUCCCAGUCAGACCAAAAAAUCCCAACCAGACAAAAAAAACAAAACAAAAAAAAAAACAACAAAAAAAAAACCCCACCAAACAAACCAACAGACAAAAAAACCCCAACCAGACCAAAACCGCCAAGCAAAACUGAAUUCUUUUUGGGAUGAAGGACAGCACGAGGUGAUGGCAGCAGGGAGUUCAUGCCCUGCUGGUUCCUGCUGAGGAGACCCAAACCCUUGGAUUGCUGAGCAGGCAGGGCUGGGAAUGGCACGGGAGGAACCCUAAAAAUGGAUGGAAUUGGAGUUCCAGGAGGGAAUUUCCCAGCCCUCAGCAGCCUUUCCUUGUUCACAGUGAUUUCCUGUAGGGAUUUGUGCUUUCCAGGCUUGGAGGGAGGAGUGUGGAGCUCCAUGAUGAGCUCUGGCUCUGAAAUAGUCCCAAAACUCCUCCAAAAUGCCCUGCUGGGAGCUGGGGAGGAACACAGGGACCUGCAGCCCCCUCUGGAAUUGUUCUUGUUCCUUCUGCUGUGGAGAAACUUUGCUGCUGCAUCCUGGCUUUGCUGCUGAUAUAUCCUGGCUUUGCUGCUGAUAUAUCCUGGCUUUCUGCAGAUAUAUCCUGGAUUUCCUGCUGAUAUAUCCUGGAUUUCCUGCUGAUAUAUCCUGGCUUUCCUGCUGGUAUAUCCUGGCUUUGCUGCUGGUAUAUCCUGGCUUUUCUGCUCCUGUUGGGAACACCUGGCAUGACCCCGCUCCAGGCACCUGGCUGGGAGGGAUUUCUUCCCUCCUGCAUCCCUUGCACAAUUCCUGGCCCGUUUUCCACGCCAGUCCUGGUGGAUGCUGAGCACUGUCCUGCUCGUGGAGCUGGAGCUCCUCAGGAGGGUGAGGGAUGCAGGAUUUGGGGUGGGAUAUGGAGGCUGCUCCCCCUCCUCCUGUGUCCUCCACCCCAAGUCCUCAUCCAGCUCCAAAUCCCAAACCUUUGGAGAGGUCGUUCCUGUGAUUUCACUGUAAAUAGGAUUUUGUAUCUUCUCUGACUAUUGCUAAUAAAUGGUUGCAAAACUCUU